AGGAUAUAAUGGGCAGAGACUCAGGAAUAACUGGAAAAAAUGUUUCAAUGGUCCAUGAUGAACCUUAUGAUUAUGAAUACAAUCCUGACCUUGAACCACCUGCUCGUCUGUCUUGUGAUGCUCUGUGUGUUUUUGUCCUGACAUCAAACAUCAUCAUCUUCAUUCUGGGCAUUGUGGGAAAUGGCCUUGUCAUUUGGAUCAUUGGCGUAAAGACAAAGCGCACGGUCAACUCCUUAUGGUACCUGAGCUUGGCAGUGUCUGACUUCUUGUUCUCCACGACUGUCCCUUUCAACGGUGUCUAUAUGGCAACUGGACAUUGGCAUUUUGGACAUUUCAUGUGUAAGUUAAUAUCUGUGGCCUUCCCCCUUAACAUGUACAGCAGCAUUUUCCUCCUGCUUGUCAUCAGUGUGGACCGAUGCAUGUGUGUUGUAUUUCCUGUGUGGACCCAGAACCACCGGACUCUGAGGAAGUCUUCUGCCAUCAUCGCCCUGGUCUGGAUUGUCUCUACACUGCUAACUCUACCCUCCAUUGUCUUUCGUACUACACAGACUAUAGAAGAUGAGACUACAUGCAUCCAUGAUCACGAUUCCACUGCAUUUUCCCGUAAAAGCACUGCGUUGAUUUGUUUUGUAUUUGGACUUGCUGUCCCUCUGAUGGUCAUUGUGAUCUGCUACUCUGUUAUUACGCUGAAGCUGAGAGCCAAUCGUAUGAUGAGAUCCUCCAAGCCCUUUAAGGUGAUGACCGCUGUCAUAAUAACAUUUGUGAUCUGCUGGCUUCCUUUCCAAAUCUUUCAGCUGCUGGAAGUCUACCAUGCACUGUAUUCUGAUACCCUGUUGAAAAUAGGUAUUCAAGUAACCAUCACCAUAGCCUAUGCCAACAGUUUCAUGAACCCAAUUUUAUAUUCAUUCAUGGGUCAGGACUUCAGGAAUAAAUGCCUGAUGUCUGUUCUUUCAAGGAUGGAAAGUGCCUUACAGGAGGAAGGCCGUUCCACAAAAGCAAUGUCCAUCUCAAAAUCAGCUGAUGGUUAAAAAUAGUCUUUCGUUGUAGAAACAGAUUCCUUGGGACCGGCACAUAAUUGUGACUGAUAUUGUGAUGCUUAAAUGCAAGAGAAACACAAGUUAUUGAUGUGAUACAUGGAUCUCCAGACGUGGACUUUUUUUGCACCAUUUCUUCACCAUAUCAAAGGACACUCAGCAAAGACUUUUCAGUGGUAUAAAGGAUCCAUGAAAGCCCUUAUGUUGUGAAAGCAAAAAAAAGUUUGUGACAAAAGACUAAUUCAUAUUUUCAAAUGAGUAACCUGUCUAUUUGCAUGCAUUAUAUUUUCUUUCUCCUCAGUAUUGACCAGACUUCCAGUUUUUAAACUUUUCUGGUCAGCUUAAAGGUUUUGGGUCUGUGUAUGCUUCGUUCAUUUGAUAUUCAAUUGAGAAUCCAUAAU